AUGGACUGCUUCUUCCGCGCGUGCUUGCUGGCAAUCGCCAACACCGUCUGCAUCGGCGGCACGGCCAUGAUCGUCUACGCGUUCGUCAACCUGGCGCGGAAGCCCCACAGCAAGGGCUCCAUCCUCGAGGCCUCCGUCUUCCUCCUCUGCUGGGUCAGCGUCACGGCCGGCGUCUGCACGGCCAUCUGCGGCGACCUCUUCCAGCUGUCGGCGCUAAGUCGGUGCCUGGCCUCCAUCCCUGGGGCAGUUCGUGGCGCGGGCCGGCUUCUCUGCCUGCGGUGGCGGUGCGUGCGUGCCCGCCGAAGCGGCGGCGGCGGCGCUCUGCCGCAGUUUCUGGACCAGACACCGAGUCACAUGUCCGUGCUGGCCCGGGAGCCGCCGGUGCAUGGCGGCGCGCGAGCGGUGAUGGCGUAUGACAUCCCGGCGUACGAGCAGCCGGAGGGCGGUUGCCGGUCGGAGUGCACGAUUUGCCUCGGGGAGGUGGAGAAGGGGGACGCGGUGAAGCGGAUGCCGGUGUGCCUGCACAUGUUCCACCAGCAGUGCGUCGACAUGUGGCUCCACGAGCACUCGACGUGCCCGGUCUGCCGGUGCAACCUGUUCGCGACGUUACCGGCCCAAAUGGUAUGA